UGUCCCCCUUUCCCCCUCUAAAACGGAGGGCGUACGUUGAUGUUUUACCGAGAGGAAGUGACGUCAUCAGUACGGCGGGCCUGGAUGCCAGGCGGUACUCCUUGUCUCCCUGGGGUAACCAACCGUUAGCCGCAGACACUCACCACAACAACGUCACCCCUGCUACGAUUUCACCAGGACGACACCCCCCUGAAUCAUCCCAUACCCCCUCAACAAGUCUUACUCACGGCGUUCCUACCAGCGGAUAGCUGCAAAAGAUGACCACAAUGCUGUCACAAAGAUUCUGAGGGAAUUACCGUUAGCCGUGGAAGAUUGGUAGGCGUUAGCAGUUGAAGAUCGGUUUGCCGUCAGAAGGCCUUGAUGACUUCAAACAGAAGAAGCGAGUCGCUAUGCGGCAUCAGUACACGUUUACAGACAAAGCUGACACGCAUUGAUGUACAACUGACGUAGCUGGACGCAUGCGCAGAUGAGCGUGCGACACACUGCCGACAUAUGGACUUAGGCACUGAAUCCAGCAAGUCCCCGGGAGACGUCACCCAGGGAACGAGUGAGGAGGCGCCCUCCAACCUUCCCACAGUGCUUAUCGCGUGCGGGGCGGUGGGCGGGGCCGUCCUGGUAGUCCUGACCAUCGCCGUGUGCAGGUACUGUCUGGGGCGGCGCAAGGGGCUCAAGAGCGACGUGAGAGGCGACUAUGGGGAGGGUGAAAAUUUCGACAUCAAUGUUCACACCUUGUCAGAUAUUCCUGAAGACACCGUUCCGACUCUGGUGCUGAGCGGUGGUCAGCUGGGCGUUCCCGACCAAUCAACGCAGCGCAGGGUGUCCUUCCAGGGCGUGGAUCUCCUUGACGACGACGACAGCCCCUUAAGGAGGGACUCCAACAAAAGGAGAAGAUACACUGAGGGAGACUUCCACCACCUGAAGAAGGCACGUCUGAACAAGACCCUGGGCCUUCCCGCCAUCCUGAAGUCGGCCUCCGUGGACUCACCCCGCCCGGCCCGCGAGACCUACCCGCUCCUCACCAUCACACACGCCGACGAGAUGGCAGACGAGCCGGAGAGCCCCAAAGAGACAGACACCGAGUCCCCGGGUCCAGACAGCUGCCGCUCGGAUCGCAGGAAGUCCUCCGAAGUCAGCGUGCCUGUAGAAGUGCACCGUGGAAGCGAGCCCCCCAAGGAAGGGUCGGGAGAACAGAGCGCCGUCAGGCAGUUCUUUCGCAAACUGCAGAAACACGCCAGCCUGGACGCCGUGUUGCCUUCGCAGCAGAAGAUCCAGCAAUGGAAGACUUGCAGGCCUUGGAAGAGCUUCGACUGCCAGGUGUUGAGCUCUCACCCCCGCCCUCUACUGAGGCAACGUGCGGUGUCCGACCCGGUUGAAAGAGAUCCAGGAAAGACCGACAUCGAGCUGGGUCGAAAAGCUAAGAACUCUUCCGGUCGAUUCCAGUCGACGGGGAGCUUCCAGGUUGUGGCGGGUGCGGAGGAGGCCAUCAUUCUGGGGCGAUAUCUGGAGGCCAACAAAGACAAAGUCGUGGAUAGAAAAAUAAUAGAGCUAGGAGCUGGGACCGGACUAACGGGAAUAGUAGCCAGUUUGCUGGGCGCGAAGGUCACCAUCACCGACACAAAAGAGGGCUUAGAAUCGACGCGAAUUAAUGUUGGUAGGAACACAAGGAACGUCAGACACGCUCCCCUGGUGAAGCAGCUGAAAUGGGGAGAUGACCUACACAUGUACCCCACGUCGGACCACUACGACUACAUCCUGGGAGCUGACAUCAUUUACAUAGAGGAAACCUUCCCUGACCUACUGCGCACGCUCCGGCACCUGUGCGACCAUGACACGGUCAUCCUCCUGGCCAGUAAGAUCCGCUACGAGCGGGACGAACGUUUCUUCAACAUGUUACGUCAGGAGUAUGACGUCAGAGUCAUCAAGGAGGAUAGAGAGGAAGAAGUGAAGAUCUACAAAGCCACACUGCCGAGAAAUGGCGUUGCCGCAAUGCCCUGCUAGGUGGCGCUUUUGGUUCUUGGUCUGUACGGCUAUGCACGAAAAGAAGAGAAGCCAUAUGAAAAGUCGUAUUUUUCACGGGGUGCAUCCUAUAGCUACGUCAUUAAAAUGACGUUGAGUGCCGACCAAUAAGCGAAAGAGUGGCAAACUCGCUGUCCGGCUCCCACGUCAUUUUAAUGACGUAGGUUGACGUAGGUUGUCAUUAAAACAAUGUAAUGCUUAUCAAUUCCAAAAAAAUGAUGGUGCCUUAUGAUAAUACUUUGCUUAUCUGGCUACUCUCCCCUAUGGAAAACAAGUCAAAUGCAUAUAUAUUCUCUUGCAACUGUAACGUGUUAUGCACUACAAAGUAUAUUUAUUUGAAAAAUUGAAAAAAAGUGAUGAGUUCACAAAAUAUUUUAAACUGAAUUAUCACUAAAUAUAUAAGAUACUUGAUUUUUACUAAUAUCUGCACAUGUACAUUUUUCUCUAAAUACAUGAUGUAACAUGUUAGGUAAGAUACCUUGGUGCUUGGUGGAAGCAUUUGAGUUCACGUACGGUUGCAUUAUUAGCCUGAAAUGGAUAAGCUGCGAUCACUUUAAAAAAGGUAUUUGAAGUAUCUGCAUGAAUUUGCAAUAAACUUUCUAUUCAAACCUA